UCCUGCAGUUCAGCCGGUGAAGCUACAGGCUAUUCCGCCCCCUGCAGAACCUCUCCACACACUCCUCUGAGCGUCUAUAAACCCAGACCUGGCUCCCCUUACAGCGUCAGACCCUCCUGUCUACCCUUCACACAGAAUUAGCUCCUAACAGACUGUCUGGGACGGCAGAGGAAAUGGAAGUCCAGUCAAACAAGGACCUCUACUUUGGUAGCUGUGAGACGUGCGGAGAGGGAGUGUUUGGUGUUGGCCAGGCUUGCAAGGCCUUGGGGAAAGUCUACCAUGACUCCUGCUUCACAUGCAGCUACUGUGGUAAAAAGCUGAGAGGAAAACCGUUCUUCUAUAGGUCAGGACAAGCCUUCUGUGAGCAGGACUUCUUGUAUUCAGGUGUCUGCUCAUCCUCAGAAAUCUGCAACGCCUGUGGAUGUAUAACUACAGACAUGGUCAUACAUGCUCUUAGGAUGUCCUACCAUCCUGCCUGCUUUUGCUGCGUCAUCUGUAAAGAGAACAUGAUGGGGAAACUUUACACAGUUGACACCAAAAACAAGGUUUACUGUGUCAGAGAUUACUACAGAGUUUUUUCACCUAACUGCGCAGCUUGCAGACAACCCAUUUUGCCGUCAGAGGGAUCCAGAGAAUCUAUCCGGAUAGUGUCGUUGGACACGAGUUACCAUGUUGAGUGCUACGACAGUGUGGUCAACUUGACUUGACAAUCAGAGCGCUAAUAGGCAUGAUGCUUUGUUUCAACGGUCUAUUAAGUAUUCCGUAUUCCGGCCUUUUGACAUCGGUUUGUUUUAUGUCUGGUUAGGCAUUUCUUUUUGUAGCAUAAGAUCUUCCUCAUACAUUUUCCAAGCAUUCUGUGAAUAUGUCAAAAUAAAGUGAGUGAUAAAGUGACAUUAAGUGAUUUUUUCCCCUAAAAACAGCGACCCCUUGUGUUUAUAUCCUCGUUUCUCGUUCCCGGAAGACUCGAAACAAGUUGCAACUGCAAAACAGAAUGAAUAUUGAAAUGGCGUCAGUCACGGUUCGCGGGCCGACAAUCUGUAUAUUGGCGCUCCUAAACUUCGUUUUCGUUUUCAUAACCGGUGCAGACUUUGUCCGUUUCAUUUCUUUUAGAGCCAUUUAUCAUAACAUCACUGGAGAGACGAACAUCUGUCAAGAUUCAGUGCCCUGGUCUGUAGCCUUGCGAGACAGCUCAGUGCUGUGGUCUGUGUGUGUGGAUGUGGGGCUACUGGCGUUCUUCACCGCCCAGCACAGCCUCCUGGCCUGGGCGCCGGUGAAGCAGGCCUGCCAGGCUGUCCUCGGGGUCCUAAACCGGACAGUCUACUGUUCCUCCACCGCCCUGACACUGCAGGUCCUGAUGCGCUGCUGGCAGCCCGUGACCAAGGCUCCCUGCGUGUGGGCGGUGAGACACGCCCCCUGGAGCACCUGGUUCCCAUUGGUCUGCUUUGCGCUGCACUUCCUGUGUUGGGCUGUCAUCUGCAGCAUCCUCCUGAUCUUCGACUACGCAGAACUGCUGGGGGUCAAGCAGGUGUAUUAUGAGUGUCUGGGUCUGGGUGACCCCCUGUCCCUGAAGUCUCCCAGAGCCCAGCGCCUCUUCGCCCAUCUCCGCCACCCGGUGUGCGUGGAGCUGGGGGUGGUGCUGUGGCUGCUGCCUGCCCUGUCCCUGGACAGACUCAUCCUGGCCGGGUCUCUCUCCACCUACCUGGCCCUGGCGCACUCCCUGGACGCCCAAGACCUGGCCUACCUCCGGCACCAGCUCAGCAGCAAACUGCAGCUCUUCUCUCUGCCACCAGAGGGCAGCGUUCAGGCCGGGAAUAACCACAAGGAGGAGUAAUGUUUGCGUUUAUAGAGUGAAGCUGCGGUUUACGUUAUGUUGUGAUAUGAGAAAUGGGGGCUCCCUAAUAUGGUCUGAUGGUCUGGGAAGGCCCGCCUUAUACAACAUGUUUAAAGGGGACAAAACCUUUUUAUUGUUUUUACUGAAGAAUUCUUACCUAUUGUGCCUUUAAAGCUUGUUGGACGUAAAACAGGCCCUGCUGUACCCUGGUCCUUCUGCCUUACCUGCCAUGAAGAUAUUCCCUGGGUAGAUUUAGAAAGUAAAUUGUAAAGUUAUAGAUAUAGAUAUGAUAGAUCUGGGAAUUGGGAUGCAGGGAUUGUAUUUGGUGUUUGAUCAGCAAAUGUGCCCAAUUAAUCUUCUGCGGAACCUGAUCUAAGCCUUGCAACACUGUAUUUAUUUAGGUAGUUUCUUGUCACUGGAUCUUCUUGGCAUAAUAUAGGAAUACAUAUUGUACACAACAUACAUUUCUUUUUUUACCAAAUGGAGUAUUUUGUAUCACAAAGAAACUGUAUUUCUGGCUAUUUUAUUCAUACAUUCCUUCACUGUCAAGCUGCUAUUGUAUCUUUACCGGGGAAUCAGGUGGCUGAGCGGUUAGAGAAUCGGGCUAGUAAUCAGUCAGGUCGCUGGUUCGAUUCCCGGCCGUGUCAAAUGACGUUCUGUCCUUGGGCAAGGCACUUCACCCUACUUGCCUCGGGGGGAAUGUCCCUGUACUUACUGUAAGUCGCUCUGGAUAAGAGCGUCUGCUAAAUGUAAAUGUAAUGUAAAUCUUUAGAGUUCAUGAGGAAAUUCAUGAUGCACCAGUCUUCACAACAUGACAUGCAUGGUAAUGGUUGUUAUUUGAAACGGCUGAAAAGGAAGAAACGUCUGCUUUUAUGCUUAUUAUCGUAAGCAUAAAUGUAGGCAUAAAACUAAAUC